AUGCCUCUGCUGCCGAAGAAGCCCUGGGAGUCCAAGGCCAAGGGGCUGGUGCUGGGAGCUGUCUUUACCAGUUUCCUGUUGCUGCUGUACUCCUAUGUGGUACCCCCACUCCACUCCAACAUGGCCUUCACGACUUCGGAGACUGCUGCACCCUGCCCCCCUGCUCCCAGUGAGCCCGGGGCGGCCACUUCCGGUAACAGCUCUGCUGGAGAGUGCCAACCUCGGCGAGACAUCGUGUUCAUGAAGACGCACAAGACCGCCAGCAGCACGCUGCUCAACAUCCUCUUCCGCUUCGGCCAGAAGCAUGGGCUCAAGUUCGCCUUCCCCAAUGGCCGCAACGACUUCCACUACCCUUCCUUCUUCGCUCGCAGCCUGGUGCAGGACUACCGGCCCGGGGCGUGCUUCAACAUCAUCUGCAACCACAUGCGCUUCCACUACGAAGAGGUACGUGGGCUGGUGCGGCCCGGUGCCGCCUUCAUCACGGUCAUCCGCGACCCCGCGCGUCUCUUCGAGUCCUCCUUCCAUUAUUUUGGGUCGGUGGUGCCACUCACUUGGAAGCUCUCGAGCCGCGACAAGCUGGCAGAGUUCCUUCAGGACCCUGAUCGCUACUACGACCCUAGCGGCUACAACGCGCACUACCUCCGCAACCUACUCUUCUUCGACCUGGGCUACGACAGUGGCCUGGACCCGCGCAGCCCGCGCGUGCAAGAGCACAUUCUGGAGGUGGAGAGCCGCUUCCACCUGGUGCUGCUCCAGGAGUACUUCGACGAGUCCCUGGUGCUGCUCCGGGAGCUGCUGUGCUGGGACCUGGAGGACAUGCUGUACUUCAAGCUCAACGCGCGGCGCGACUCGCCGGUGCCGCGGCUCUCGGGUGAGCUGUACCGCCGUGCCACCGCCUGGAACCUGCUGGACGCGCGCCUCUACCACCACUUCAACGCCAGCUUCUGGCGAAAGGUGGAGGCCUUCGGGCGCGAGCGCAUGGUGCGUGAGGUGGCCGAGCUGCGCCAAGCCAACGAGCGCAUGCGCCGCAUCUGCAUCGAUGGCGGCCAAGCGGUGGACGCCGAGGCCAUUCAGGACUCGGCCAUGCAACCCUGGCAGCCCCUGGGCGUCAAGUCCAUCCUGGGCUACAACCUCAAGAAGAGCAUAGGGCCUCAUCACGAGCAGCUCUGCCGGCGCAUGCUGACGCCUGAGAUCCAGUACCUGUCUGACCUUGGCGCCAAUCUCUGGGUCACUAAACUCUGGAAGUUCCUUAGGGACUUCCUAAGGUGGUGA